CAACAGAGCUAGCAAUAACUUCCAGAAGCUCUCAUUCCUCCCUCGUCUUGUCUUCUCUGCGGCGACUCUGCGUAUACUCACAACAUGGGCCAAUCCCAGAGCACCCGCCGUCCCGAGCCAGGCGCAACCUACCGUGCAAAGGCAGCAUCAGAAGCUCAAGCACAAAUCGACGCGUCACGUAAAGCCAAAGCAGCAUCUAGAAACUCCGACCACCGGAGCGCAAGGGCCCACUCCAUUGAGGCGCAAAUGCACGGGAAAAAAAUGAAUGAAUACCACGCCCUAGCCAGCAGCGAGGUAUUCCGAUACCACAACCCAAAGUACCCCUCCACCGCCUUCUCGUUCUUCGGCGCUCUGUUCUCGCUCGUCAAGACCCCGCCGAAUGAUUUGUCGCAAUUGGAUUUGCAUGGACAGCGCGUGGCUGAGGCUGUUCCGAUGGUCAAGGACCAUUUGAGGAUGUGCCGGAAAGAAGGGAUCAAGAGGACUCUGGUUAUUACAGGGAGGGGCGUGCAUAGCCUUGGGGGCGUUCCAAGGAUUAAGCCGGAGGUUGAAAGGCUGUUGGCUGAAAUGGGGGUUAGGUACUGGAGCAGGGCAGAGGGGGGGGCUUUUAUGGUUGAGUGUGGAAGGGAGGAAGGUGGGGGGAUUGUGGGGUGGAUUUGGAGGGGGAUAUUUGGGUAGAGGAGUUUAUAGCGGAGGGGAGACAGCCCCCCAGGCCACCUCCUCACCAGGACAACCAAACCCAAAAAAGAA